UGUUGACUUGUAGCGUACAAUGUAAUUAAAGUGGUGAAUUUUGGCUUCUGUUUCAAAAAAACACACCUAAAAUAUUUAUAAUUUAACUCAAGAAAACACACCUUUGAUUCCAUUUCUUUACUAACCCAAAGACAAAAGCCUAACAAAUCUCUAGAUUUACAGCGAAAUCAAUGAGCUACACUUGGAAUAUCAUGUUUUUCUUGGUGGGGUUUUGAAGAGAUUCAGAUUUAUGCUUUCUUUUCUUUCAUGGAGUUCAAAAAGGAAAAGCUUGUCAGGUUUUAUUCUGAUGGGAAACAACAUAAAGAAUCUCUGUGGGGAAAAAAUGACCUCCCAAUGCACCUUGAGAGGUCAUCAUCCGCGUACAAGAUUGCAUUACCUUCUGUGCUAAAUGGGUUGGAUGGGGGCAGAAAUCGGCUACCAGAAACAAGCAAAAUUGGGUGGUCUACACUUCUUGUACACGAAAAUGAACCAUGGCACAAGAGAAUACUCGACCCAGGUAGUGAUAUUGUGUUGCAAUGGAACCGGGUUUUCAUCGUCGCAUGCUUGGUCGCACUUUUUGUUGACCCAUUGUAUUUUUACUUGCCUUCUGUGGGAGGCGAUGAAAAUGUUUCAUGUGUGAAGACAGACUAUGAGUUGCGAAUUGUCGUGACCUUGUUCCGGACUGUAGCAGAUCUUUUUUAUUUGUUGCACAUGGUUAUAAAAUUUAGGACAGCUUACAUUGCACCAAGCACUCGGGUGUUUGGAAGGGGUGAACUGGUCAUGGAUCCAANUAAAAAAAAAAAAAAAAUAUUCAUCUAA